GGGCGGCGGGGCGGGGGAGCGCGGCGCCAUGGCGGGCGGAGGGGCAGCGCCGGGCUCCGCGCCCCGCGUCCCGCUGCAGGCCCUGCUCCGCGCCGUCAACGCCCUCCUGCGGCAGCGCCGCCACCGCGCCGCGCUCGCCGUCCUCAAGGGCUUCCGCAACGGCGCCGUUUACGGAGCAAAAAUUCGUGCCCCCCACGCCCUGGUGAUGACUUUCCUGUUCAGGAGUGGAAGUUUAAGAGAGAAACUGAAAUCGAUUGCUCAGGCUACGUACACUCAUUCCCGGAACUUGGCGUAUUUUGUGUUCACCUACAAGGGGCUGAUGGCAUUGCAGUCCUGGCUACAGGGGAAAAAAAUUCCAUUUCAUUCUUUCUUUGCAGCCUGCAUUGGGGGUUGGUUAGUGUUUGGUGAGAACAAUCCCAUCAACAGCCAGAUCGUUAUGUACCUGCUGUCUCGUAUCCUGUUUGGCUUGUCUCGGCUGGCGGUGGAAAAGGGCUAUGUUCUGCAGCCAAAGCAGGAUCCCUUUCCACUCCUUGCUGCUCUGGUAUGGGGAACAGUUCUCUGGCUCUUUGAGUACCACCGACAGACUCUGCAACCGUCUCUGCAGGCCUCCAUGACCUAUCUGUAUGACGACAGUAACGUGUGGCACGACAUUUCUGACUUCCUCAUUUACAACAAAAGGCCUGCAAGCGAGUAGCUGGUUCCUUGGAAAAUACCUGCGAAUGGGAUGCUGCCUUCCAGCAGCUAAGGGAAAAGGUUAUUCUGUCGCUCUUGACUGAUUAUUAUAAUUUUUUUUUUGAUUAACAUCUAUCAAGGAGAGUUGCCUCUUGUGUCCUGACCAAAACGUUGUGAUUAGGCUUCUAUUAGCUCUGUUUAGAGCGAGUUAAUACCCCACAGAAACUUGUUGCAAUGCCUCAGGGGGAGUAAAAUGCCUUGGGAACCUUCAGUUAAAAUCGGUCUUCUUUUAAAGAUGCCUUAUUUUUACUAUGAAUGUUUUUUUGGUUGGUUGGGUUUUCCUUUCCUUUUAAGAAAGGAAAUACACUUAUAAAAUGGCAGCUUGACAGUAAUUGGGGAAUAGGUCUAAUCAUGAAAAAAAUGCUCAAGGAGUUGUCUGAAUUCUCACAAGAUGGAAGCGUUUUUCUGUGCUGCUGUGCUCCCUGUCGUGGGAAGAUGGGAGUGGGAGCCCUGCUCGGUUUUGGAAGCAGAGACAUAACUUCUUGAUCUCUAAACUAUUGCAAGGAUGGUUGUGUGCUCCCUAAGAGAGUUCCUCUGCAAUCUUUCUUCCCUCGGGGAGGCAAUAAGAUGUUUGAGAAUAAAACUUCUAAGAUUCUCUUGUACAAGUGUGGUAAAUCAGGCUUGGAAGGAAUAUUUUUUUCUCAGUUUCUCUCAUCCACUUGGGCUGAAUCUGUCUUUCUACCCAGUGCACUAACUUAAUACCCUGUAAUUAUUUAAGACUUAUUUGUAAAGCUUUUGAAAGCUGCUUGAAUUAAAUAC